CCAUACAAUUACAACUCAGCAAGUUGGAACAUUAGCAAUGGGUGGAAAUCUCUCUUUCCCAGAAGCUGAUUUGAAGGAUAAAGUGGCCAUUGUAACUGGUGGUAAUGCUGGGAUAGGAUAUGAGACAGCUAAGGGAAUAGCAAGACUUGGAGCACGCACUAUAAUAGCUUGUAGAUCAGAGGAAAAAGCAACUGCUGCAAUUGAGCGUAUGAAGGCUGAGAUAAUUGAUACUGGAUCAGAUCAGCAUAACAUUGAGUUCAUGAAGCUGGAUCUGAGCUCAUUCAAUUCUACAAAAGAAUUCGUUGUCUCAUUCAAAGAGAAACAAUUGCCAUUGCAUAUUUUAAUCAACAAUGCUGGAACAAUUGGCUCCUCUAAUAUGUCUAAGACAGAUGAUGGCUUUGAAUCUAUGUUCCAGAUCAAUCAUCUCAGUCACUUCCUAUUGACACUGGAGCUGCUCCCUGUUGUGCUUGAUACUGCUCAAUCAUGUAAAGACUGUAGAAUUGUCAUAGUCUCUUCAACGGCUCACAAAAGUGGUGUGUUUGAUACUCAAAACAUGAAUGGAGAAGUGUCUUUUUCCCGUUUGAAGUUUUAUAGCAAUUCUAAGCUUUACAAUAUAAUGCAUGCAUUUGCACUUCAAAGACGCCUAAAAGGGAGUGAUAUAACAGUUUCAGUCCUCCAUCCCGGAUUUGUUAAUUCCGAACUGUUUGAAAAAGGUUUCAGCGGAUCAAGUGGAGGAAGUACAGCUUGGAGUUUUGGAAAAUACUUACUUAGACCUAUGAUGAGAGAUACUGUCAAAGGUGCUGCCACAACCAUUAAUUGUGCUGUCAAUCCUGAGCUGAAUACUAAAGAGUGUCAUUAUUAUGACAGCUGCAAAAUAGCCGAUUCAAUUCCUCUGUCGACGAACACUGAUCUACAGGAGCAGUUGUGGGAUAUCAGUGUUACUAAUGUUAAAGCUUGGUUGAGUCCAGAGAUUGUUGAAAAGUAUUGCAGUACCCAGCAAACAGGGCUUGAAGAAGCAACAUCCGAGACACAAACCACUAGAGUCAAUACUGAAGAGGGAUCAGCUACUGCUAAAGAUGAAUCAGCCGCUACUAAAGAAGAAUCAGCUACUGCUAAAGAUGAAUCAGCUACUAAAGAAGAAUCGGCUACUGCUAAAGAUGAAUCAGCUACUAAAGAAGAAUCGGCUACUACUAAAGAUGAAUCAGCUACUAAAGAAGAACCGGCUACUGCUAAAGAUGAAUCAGCUACUAAAGAAGAAUCGGCUACUACUAGAGAUGAAUCAGCGUCUAAAGAAGAAUCAGCUACUAAAGAUGAAUCAAUCACUAAAGAUGAAUCGGCUACUGCUAAAGAUGAAUCGACUACUCAAGAUGACUGAAAUGAUUAAAUGAUACUGAACAUAAUGCAUAUUUAACAUUAUUACUUCUAGUCUAUAUAGAGCUGCAGAUUGUCUGAAUACCUUUUUCAUUAUUGUAGCUGAUAGUAGCAGUAUAAUAGAGUAUAAUUACAUUCCACCAUUAAUUGAGUUAAUUAUCA